UUGACGAUCUUGACGUCUGAAAUCACUGAAAUUUCACUUUGACGUUCGGCACCAACCUAGACAAUUUUACCUGAUAAUGUUGCAUAUAAUAUUGCUGAGAGCAAUAAUAUAACGUAGCUAUUUUAUGCGAGUAUUCGCCCAUCCAAAUCCAAUCUAUGAAGAAAGAAAAAUGUCUAAGCGAAGAGGCGUCAGUGCAGAUGAAAAGAGAACUCGAAUGUUACAACUUUUUUACGAAAAAAAGGAAUUUUUUCAGUUAAAACCACACCAGUACUAAUAGAAGAACUAUCAUGUUUAUAAUAUUUCUAUUAUAAUGAUGUUGGAGUUUUUAUGCAGGAACUAGAAAAAAUUGCACCAAAAGAAAAAGGUAUAAUUUCACAAAGUGUAAAAGAUGUCAUACAGAACUUGGUAGACGAUGGCCUAGUUGAUACAGACAAAAUUGGAACCUCAGUUUAUUUUUGGGCAUAUCCAAGUAAAGCUAAGCAUGCCAAGAAGAAAGCUUUUGCAGAGCUUAGUGAAAAAUUGGAACAAUUAGAUAAAAAAUAUGACGACUUCAAAAAUAUUUUAUCCAAAGAGCAAACUGGGCGAGUUCUAACGGAGCAGAGAAAUGCAAUGCUUCAAGAAAUACAGAAAUUGAGAGAAUCUGAAAGUAAAUUGCUUGAAGAGAUUAAAAAAUAUCAAGACUCGGACCCUGAAGCCAUUGAACUACUGGUUUCUGAAACAAAACUAGCAAAAGAAGCUACAAAUCGGUGGACUGAUAAUUUAUUCGCAUUAAAAUCAUAUUGUAAAACAAAAUUUUUUAUUGAAGAAGCAGCAAUAAACAAACAAUUUGGUAUUCCAGAAGAUUUGGAUUAUAUUGAAUAAUUUUUUUUUUAAUCAAUGUAAACUUAAAUAAAACUUUAUA